GCAGAGCCAGGGCGCCCCCUCUCCUCUCUCUGUUCCACAGCGCACCGAUCACUCGCCCCCCCUCUACCUCCCCGCGCCCUCGCCGGAGCUCCGAAUGGCAGCCGCCGCCCGCGCGAUCGCGUGAUGGACGGCGCUGCCGCUCGCCGCCGAUGGACGAAGCCGGAAGGGCCCCCGCUCCCGCCGCGGCUGUGACGGUGACGGCCUCAUCCUCCGCCGCCAACGCUAGUGACCCCUCGCCUCCUCCUCCCCCAGCUCCCGCCACCGCCAACGCCGCCGCCGACACCGACGCACCCUCGCCGGACCCGGACGCUCUCUAUGACGAGGGGAUGUGGCAGGAGAUGACCAUGAGCAGCGGUGCUCCUAUGCAACCUGGGCCGUAUCCUGAGCGCCCGGGCGAGCCGGACUGCACCUACUACCUCAGGACUGGACUGUGUAGGUUCGGCAUAAGCUGCAGGUUCAAUCAUCCCCCGGAUAGGAAUUUGGCUAUUGCCUCUGCCAGAAUGAAAGGAGAAUAUCCUGAGAGGGUGGGACAACCAGAAUGUCAGUACUAUCUGAAGACCGGGACAUGCAAAUUUGGGCCUACUUGCAAAUUCCAUCAUCCCAGAGAAAAGGCUGGAAUCGCAGGGAUGGUGCAGCUAAACACAUUAGGAUACCCCCUCCGACUGAAUGAAAAGGAGUGUGCAUAUUACUUAAAAACGGGACAGUGUAAAUAUGGGAAUACAUGUAAAUUUAACCAUCCAGAACUUUUCAAUGCGGUGGCUUCUUCGCGUGGUUCCCCUAUUUAUCCUUCUCUUCAUACCUCUGCAAGCGCUGGUCCACAUUCUUAUGCUGGAACUAUAUCAAACUGGACUUAUCCGAGAGGUUCUUUUAUUCCAAGCCCUAGAUGGCAAAGUCCUUCAAAUUAUGCACCGAUGAUUGUACAACAGGGUCUUGUUCAAGUACCAAGCUGGAACUCAUAUCCUGGCCAAAUGCUACCUGUAUCAUCUUCUGAGAGUCGACUGCAGUCACCAGGGGCUCAGCAAAACUACGGAACUUAUCGACAAGGCGAAGCCAGUUCAGGCAAUCAAGGAAUGCUAUCACCCUACAGGCCUAGUUCGUUUCCUGUGCCUCAGUACGCGUUGCAGAGAGAGAAUGUGUUUCCUGAGAGACCUGAUCAACCAGAAUGCAUAUACUACAUAAAGACCGGAGAUUGUAAAUUUGGCGCAGUUUGCAAAUUCCAUCACCCCCGGGUGCGAUCACUGCCUCCUCCAGACUGUGUCUUGAGCCCAAUGGGUCUUCCACUACGCCCAGGGGAAGAACUCUGCAAAUUCUAUUCUCGUUAUGGCAUCUGCAAGUUCGGCAUCAAUUGCAAAUUUGACCAUCCAAUGGCUUCUCCAAUGGGAGUGUACGCAUACGGCUUCUCUGCCUCUGCUUCAACUAAUGCACCUAUGGCUCGGUGUCUCCUGGAAUCGCCCUCUGGAUCUGCAUACACACCCUAGGGGUUUCCUUCGCAUUUGACCUACCUUGAUGUAUAAAUCCAUCGCAGCCCUCUGAGGUGUUGUGAAUGUUUCCCCUAACUCCCCGGGAUCAAGUUCUGUAAAUUGAGUUGCUACCAGAGAUGUACAGUUACUUUUUUUUGUUAAUUAAUGCAGAUCUUUCGAGACCCCAUUU